CUCGGCGUUUUUGUUUUUGUACCUCGGCGGCCGAGCGAGAGCAGAUCUCUUGAAAACGCGGCGUCCGUGACUUCGCAGCCCCUUAUUCGCUCGCGCCCUCCGCCGCGCGUCGAGGAUGCACUCGUGAAUUUGCAAACCGGCGUUUUUCGCGACCGCAGCCAUGGAGAACGCAACUGCCGAUGAUGACUGGUGGGCGGACGCGGAGGACGUGGACUCGUGGCUGCCAGUGAGCGCCCUGCAAAAUCUGGUCGACAUUCCUCUGAGUUCGGAGAGCAUUUCGUCCAUUGGAUUUCUGCCUCCGCCGCCACGACCGUCAGAAAUACUCGCCCUCGAGGAAUUGGGCAGCGAGGCCUUCACCUCGAGCUGCGAUUUGUGCUCCUGGGCCUGGAGCAACCCUGCUUUUGCCAUAGACCCUAAUCGACUGUCUCCAGCCACUUAUGGGGAAUUCGGCUGGGCCCUAACUCUUGUCUUAGUCGCGUUCCUUUCAGCCGUGAUCGGAGCCGUCGUCACAGUCACAAUGCUGCAAUGCAGAAGAAUGAAAGGGUUGCAGUCCGGGUGCUGCGCCAGCGACGAGGAGGAGGACCUCCGCGGCGGCCGCACCUCCUCUUCCACCCCUGAGAAUCAAAAUCCGUUCGCAGACGAAAACAAGACGCCACCCCUGCCGUCGACGCGGACACCCCGAGGCGGUGGUUUCUGGAGGCGCAUCUUCAAACGCAACCCCAUUUCGGUGAGGGGCCAUUGCGAGAGCAGCCUCCAGCGCAGGCCUCCGCGCCGCCUCUGCCCGACUGCGCCUCCGACAAAUGAAAAUCACUACACAGUGACUAGAAGUAUUGAAAAUAGUCCGGCGCCUGAUUCCAGUUCGUCCGUCUACACGACUUCGUACGCCGGCGAGGAGGCCCUUUACGCCGAGCUGGAAAGAGCCGCCGACCCUGCCUACCAAAACACGGGCUACCAAAAUCCACCCGAGGUGGAAUCGGAGGCGCCGCCCAGUGCGCCGAGCAGCGCCUACUACUCCGACCUGAGUUGCGGCCCCGACCGAAUGUACGAGGCCGUCGGCGACGGCGUCCCUUCGACCUGGAACGCCCAAACGCUGGAGGCCUUCAGGCACCACGACCUGAUCAUGACCACGUCCCUUGCCACGAAAACAGUACCUUCCGACUACAUUUAAGGAAUUAUAUACUUGCCAUAUUAAUCUUUCGUAGUGGUGAAUGUUUAGCUUUAGUUUAGAAAAUCUUGAGACUUUCAUUUUAAUGGUAACAAAUUUCAAUUUUGUGAUGCUUUUUUUCUUUAUAAUUAUUUCUUACCAAAUUAACACAGAGCGCUUUUUGUUCAAUUGUAAAACGCGCCUCUUUUUCCUAGUCCUUGGCAUAAAAAUGUACACAAUCGACUUGAAAUUAGAGGCGUGUAAUUUGACCGCAAUUAAUUAAGUUAUUAUUUAUUUUUAAACGAAAAUGUGAUGAAAUUGUUUCGACUUUGGAUUAUCUGCGUUGGUUUAAGGGUUUGCUUGUUAAGUUUGGAAAUUUUCAAUUCAAAUGCAUUUUAAUUUAUGUGGAUUAAUAAUAAACGUAGAAAUAUGAAUUACA